GCCAUCUCCGCCCUCCAACCACUAACUCUCCCUCUCUUCUUCCAAGGGGGUUCUCUCUUGAGAAAUAUUCCUUGUCCAGAGCCUUGCCUCUCUCUUUUAUGAUUGAGGUUUCGCUGGAAUGGUCCUUGUUACAAAUCCCCUAAGGAUUCCCCCCUCUUAAUUGAAGAUCGUAUCUCCUGCGGUCGUAGCGGACGUCAAUUAGCGGGCCCAACUUUUAAAGGGUAAUAUUUCUUUUCUUUCUACAAGAGUCGAAAUCGGGAUACCACUAAAGAUAUUGCCAAAAUGACAACUAUGGACCUACGCGUUGGAAACAAGUAUCGUAUCGGUCGAAAGAUCGGUAGUGGUAGUUUCGGUGACAUCUAUCUUGGUACGAACAUUAUCUCGGGUGAAGAGAUUGCCAUUAAACUUGAGAGUGUUAAGGCGAAACAUCCACAGCUCGAAUAUGAAGCUCGUGUCUACAAAUCGCUAGCGGGGGGUGUCGGUAUCCCCUUUGUCCGUUGGUUUGGCACUGAAUGUGACUAUAAUGCCAUGGUCAUCGAUCUCCUUGGGCCCAGCUUGGAAGACUUGUUCAACUUUUGCAACCGGAAGUUCUCGCUCAAGACUGUGCUUCUAUUGGCAGAUCAACUUAUCUCCCGCAUCGAGUACAUUCACGCCAAAUCGUUUAUCCACCGUGACAUUAAACCCGACAAUUUCCUUAUGGGCAUUGGAAAACGUGGAAACCAAGUCAACGUGAUCGAUUUUGGUCUCGCGAAGAAAUAUCGUGACCCAAAGACCCACUUCCAUAUUCCCUACCGUGAAAACAAAAAUUUAACUGGUACGGCUCGUUAUGCCAGUAUCAACACCCAUCUUGGUGUCGAGCAAUCUAGACGUGACGAUAUGGAAUCUCUUGGUUACGUCAUGCUUUAUUUCUGCCGUGGAUCCCUCCCUUGGCAAGGCCUCAAGGCUGCUACUAAAAAACAAAAAUACGACCGCAUUAUGGAAAAGAAGAUGACCACUCCGACCGAAGUUCUUUGCCGUGGAUUCCCCAAUGAAUUCGCUGUGUACUUAAACUACACCCGUUCUCUUCGCUUCGACGACAAACCUGACUACUCUUACCUUCGUAAGAUCUUCCGUGACCUCUUUGUGCGUGAAUCAUUCCAGUACGACUAUGUCUUCGAUUGGACUGUCUAUAAGUACCAAAAGAAUGCCCAGGCUAUUGCCCAAGCGAGCGGAAAUGCAGGGAACAAUGCCCAGGAGGAAGAUGAUAAACCUCGUGGUCAAGUCAGCACUGGUGGCGCUCCCGCAGGCGUCCCGGGGGGAUCACUCAAACCUGUUCCUCUCGGCACCCAUCGGCGUAAGCUGGUGGAACGUACUGCGGGUGAAUCCCAUGACACCAACCGCGCCGUCGGAAGUGAUAGGAUGUGAGUAUAUGCAACCUGUAGUUCCGACAAAGGCCUCAUUUCUCCUACGCAUCUGGUGUUUUACGACGCUGGCUAUGGGUUAUUUUCAAUUCUAGAAUUUGACUAAUAUCAUAGUCUUCGGCGCUAGGCUUCGUUCUGCUUCAAGAGGUGUUCAUAUGGGCCCUGGCUACCCUGUUCAUCGCUUGAAGCGGGACGAUAUCACUGGUGAAUGGUACUGAAUUCGAUAUGAUGAUGAUGCGAUGUCUUGCGAGUCAAUUGUUUUCAUUUUGCUCAUUCUAAAUUGCCGCCCCUUUUUUCAUAUCGAAAUCUAGGAGCGUUGUGCAAGUUGAAUGUGGCACUGCCAACGUGUUCUUUUCCACAGGACAUCCGAGGCUCACCCUGUUCUGAAAUCUCUUCUCCAUCCCCUAUGGUUUAGCAGCCCGCUCGAUUUUAUUCCACCUAUGGCCAUGUCGGCUACGGAUUCUAUAAUUUUCAUCGAAGCGUUUUUGCUCGGGCCCAACUUCCCAAAUUUCGGAUGCGUCAGCUUGUCGUUAUUCCAUCAUCAAAAGAUUUCCGAUUUUCGAAAUGUGCCCUGAUUUAUGGGAUAGUUGGUGCAGGUUUCAGAACACUUGUACUAACUUUGGUGGCUACCACUGGACAAGCUGUUGGGCUGCAAUGCACUUGCCCUGGGAUUGCCUGAUUAUCAUGGCAGAAUGUUGAUGGACUGUGGAUGAGGAAUUCCUAGCGCAAUCUUGCUUUGUUUGCAAAGUUGUGACUGGUUUUGUUCCAUCACUCAUUUGCCUUCCCAGAUUGUCACUGUUCUCAUCUGUUAUUCCCUUAUUCCCACAUGCACUUGCUUGUUUCAACUCUAUUGCUCUUUAUUUUGCAAGGAAAUAUAUGCAGGGGAUGAGGUGCAGAUAUUAAUUUCAGUCAGAGCAGGGCCUUGGGUUGUUUAUUGAUGGCGAGGAUGUGCUGGUUACCUCUCUGUGUUACAGGCAUAUUUUCAGGCCCCAGCCACGAUACUCUCAAACUCAUGUCUCUGUUCAGCUGUGGGGUCUGGUGAUGGAUAUGGCUAGGGCUGCUUCUGGGGUGGUUGACAUUUUUCCUUGCAUGUUUCCUUUUGUUACUGCUUUUUGUCAAGUUGACUUAUCAGCACAUGUCAUUUGUAAAAGCCUUACGUGCAUUUCCACCUUCUCUCACAUAUUGGCCUGUCAAGCUAAUUGCUGGGGUUGAACGAGGACAUUGUUGGCUGGGAGUGCAUGCAUGGGGAUGUGUAUGCGUUUGGGGAUGACAUGAGACCUUAUCC